UUGAGUGGAGCGACGAUGGAGGUGCACGUGUGGAGCUCGCUGGAAGAGCAGGUCGAUACGGUGUUGCCCGUCGAGAUCGCCGGCGACCAGUACCUCGUCGCGGUAACCUCGUUCCUUGAGGGCAACGACUGGAGCAGCAGCGUGCGGCUCCUGCGCUACGCCAGCAGCGCCUUCGAGCACGUCCAUGCGCUGCGUCUCCCGACAAGCGUCGCCAGCGUCGCCUGGUUUGAGCCCGACGUGCUCGUCUGCGCUGGCGACGAUGGCGAUCUCUACUACUGCAUGUUUGACACCGAGGCGUCCGUGUGGCGCCGCCUCGACCCGGAAGUCGCGCAUGGCCACAACGACCUCAUCACGUCCGUGGACAUACAUGCGUCGAUGCUCGCAUCGGCCAGCUGGGACAACAGCGUCAAGGUCUGGGACCUUGCGACGAUGGCGCUGCGCGAGCAGUUCAAGGACCACACCGACAAGGUCUGGGGCGUCCAGUGGGCGCCGUUGGCGACGGCGCAGUGUGCGACCGCGUCCCAAGAUCGCACAGUGCGGUUGUGGGACACGCGCCAGCUCGGCGCGGCCACGUCCGUCACGACGCCGUGCGCGGCCAUGUGCGUGGCGUGGCACCCGACGCAGGACCACCUCGUGACCGCGGGCCUCGAAGACGGGUCGCUCUGGACCAUCGAUACGCGGUCCCUCGAAACGACGCUGUCGACCUUGAACCAAGUGCACCGCAGCAGCGUGCAUGCCAUCGCGUACCAUGGCGAUGCGCUGGCGUCGGCUUCGGACGACACGACAGUCCAGAUCUGGGACCACCUCUCGUCGGCGUCGCCCACCCAGCGGCUCGUGUACGAAGAGCACGGUGACUACGUGCACGGAGUUGCGUGGUGGGAUGCCACCACCGUCGUUUCGAGCAGCUACGACAAGAGCGUGCAUCUCUGGCACGUCUAAGCCAUCAACACGACGCGU